UCUUCCGCCGGCCUGUUUCCCGACUUUGGCCUGCUCCUCGUCGCUCGCGGCUCGGGUUGCCUCGACCACGCCCGUCAGGUGUUCGUCCAUUUGCCUCGCCGGCCAUGGACUCGGACGAAGAGGAGGAGCAGAUGUUCGUCGAGCUUAUGCAAGAAGAGAUGGCAGCAGCCGCCCAAGACGACGAGCACAUGAUGAUCCUCGGUUGCUUGGCAAGCAUGUACGCCGGACUGGCAACUGGUCGACGUGGUGGGUCGGCACCAGGUCGCCGGAAGUGCAAGCCGAGACAGCGAAUGGAGGGCUACUGCAUGUUGUACGCCGACUACUUCGCCGACAAUCCAUUGCACGGUGAGAGUGUUUUCCGGCGUCGUUUCAGGAUGAGCAGAAAGCUAUUUCUGGAAAUUGUGUAUGCCAUCCGAGACUUUGAUCCCUACUUCAGAUGCAAGGCGGAUUGCACUGGUUUGGUUGGAUUUUCGUCACUGCAGAAGUGCACAGUGGCUAUGAGGAUGCUGGCGUAUGGAGCUCCCGGUGAUACUGCAGAUGACUAUCUUCGGAUGGCGGAGUCCACCGCCCUUGAUUGUUUCUACCGGUUCUGC